UCCGUUUCCUGCCCUCAGCCAAGAUGGCGGCGGCGAAGAACCACCGUGUAGCCAACGAGGGGUGAAGCCGCUUCCGCCGCCGCGGCUUUUCCAGCAGUAAAAAUGGCGGAGUCGGUGCUGGAAGUUGUGGGCAAGCUGCAAUCGCGGCUGGCGGGCAGCUCGGAGCCUAAAAAGCUGCUGAAAAGUCUGAAGAGGCUGUCGGAGCUGCCCAUCACAGUUGACGUUCUUGUGGAGACGGGUGUUGGGAAGACUGUGAACAGCUUACGGAAACACGAGCUUGUAGGAGACUUCGCAAAGAACCUGGUAGCCAGGUGGAAGAAGCUGGUGCCGGUGUCCCAAGAGACAGACAGAAAUAACCUAGAUUCUGAAGACCGUGACUACGAGAGGAGCAGCUCAAGCAAAAGACAUCAAGAACCUUCCCUCAGAGAGGAUGAGGAACCCGAGCAGGAGUAUUCAGAAGCCUUCCAGCCGUCUUGCAGCCAGUCCUAUAGCCCGGCUCACAGGGAAAAGAAGUCCAAAAGGUAUCCUAGGCCUGAGAGAGCCCACGAGACUUAUGGCUAUAGCAGCCAGGAGGGGAAGGGUUGGGGCAGAUCUUCCCCAGUGCUCUCUUCAGAUCAGGAGUACUCGGACUAUGGACAAGCUGUGUCACCUGAGCCAAGUGAGAGCCCUCAGGACACGUACACAGACCCUUACGCCUCUGAGGAGCAGGAAGAACCGACGGUUUUUCGCCAGAAAGCCAGUAAAGGCCACAACCUUCAGGAGAAGCAGGGAGCAGGCCGGGAGAGGAAUUCUGGGGAGUUCUAUGACAAAGGGAACACGAGUCGAAGCAAAGAGCACAAGUCUUCUCACAAGAAGCAACGACUUGAUGGCAGAGGGGAGGACAGGACCUCUGCCUUCAGCCCAGAAAGAUUGCACAAGACCUCAUUUAAAGAGCAGCUCCGAGAAGCCCCCGUGGCAGGAGGCAGCAAGGAGAAGCAGAGGACGUCAGAUGGCACCAAGAGGGAGAAGAACAGAGAAAGCAGCACCUCCAGAAAGGAGAAGUUGCCGCCCUUGGAAGAGUCUUUGGACAACCAUGUUAAAAAGCAAAAACAUCGGGACUCUGAAAGAGGCAAAGUGGAAAAGGCCAAACUGAGCCUGGAGACCUCGACCACAGAGCGGGAGAAACGGAAAGCUGAGGGUGACUCAUCAAAUAGGAUUAAAGAAAAGGGGGUUUCUGGGAGCUCAAAAUCUUCAGAGGGGAAGCGCAAAUCCUCUGAGGCGGACAAAAAAUCAAUGGGUUUUUCCUCCAAUUUUGGGGAGGGAGAAGCAGAGGAUGAAUUUGAACAACCUACAAUGUCUUUUGAGUCGUACCUCAGCUACGACCAACCCCAGAAAAAGAAAAAGAAAGUGGUCAAACCCUCUGCGCCAGCUGUGGAGAAAGACCCAGGGCACAGCAAACAGAACGGAUCCAAAGCCAGUUCCAACGGCUCAAGCUCGAGUCAGAAGAGUCCAAGCCACAAGCGAACGAGUGAGAAAAAGGCAGAGAAGGAACCACCAGAGGCUCCUAAACCAAAGAGGAUAGUUUUAGAUGUGGUCCCGACGUUACCAGACAUCCCACUGCCGCCGAUCCAGGCCAACUACCGUCCUCUUCCUUCGAUCGAGUCUAUUCCCUGCUCCCAGACAAAAAGGAAAGCGGUGUCCUCACCAGUUGAAGAGAGUGAGGCGGGUUUCACAGGCCGCCGGUUGAAUUCAAAGAUGCAAGUGUAUUCAGGCUCGAAAACUGCCUACCUCCCAAAGAUGAUGUCUCUGUAUCAGCAGUGUAUCCGUGUCCUCAGCAACAACAUCGACUCCAUCUAUGAAGUGGGUGGUGUUCCUUUCUCGGUACUGGAGCCAGUGUUGGAGAGAUGCACCCCAGAGCAGCUCUAUCGCAUUGAGGAAUGUAACCAUGUCCUCAUUGAGGAUACAGAUCAGCUCUGGCACAACCACUGUCUCAGAGACUUCAAGAAUGAGAAGCCUGAGGAGUUUGAGUCCUGGCGGGAGAUGUACCUCCGCCUUCAUGAUGCACGAGAGCAGCGGCUGCUCAUGCUGGCCCGGAACAUUGGCUCAGCUCACGCCAACAAGCCCAAAGGUCGAGUGGCCAAAAUGGCAUAUGUGAACUCUGCAGCAAAGCCCCCUCGGGAUGUACGACGGAGACAAGAGAAGUUUGGGACUGGAGGAGCUCUUCUGCCAGAGAAGACCAAAAUAAAACCAGUCCUGUACACAUCUAGCAAAAGCCACGCUCGUGUGAGUGAGGAGCAGUCCUAUGAUGGGCCCAGCACCAGCAGUGCCCACUCUGUCCCAUCCUCAGCCAGCACCUUCUCCUCCUGCGACCCCAGGAAACCACCAGUGAAGAAAAUUGCACCCAUGAUGGCAAAGACUAUCAAAGCUUUCAAAAACAGGUUCUCUCGGAGAUAAGUUUGAGUGCAGACCUGGAACUUUCCCUCUUGUGGGGGAGUGGCACAGAAGGGGAGAAGGUCCCCAAACAGCCCUUUUCUUUGGACCCUUGGGAGGCUGCAGCUGCUGGGAAAAGCUUCGAUCUGCACAAGAUGACAGCACAGUAUUUUAUCUUUUAUUCUGGUCCCUUUCUCAGUGUCAAGCCCUCUUCUUUUAUCCUGCCCUUAACAUCCUGUUUCUAGCUUCGUCAUCCGUCAACAAGAAGGGUGUACAGAAUCUCUCAACGCAAGAAAAUGUGAAGUCUUGGCACCUGCUGAGAGUGGAAGAUCCAGAGACUAUUUACUAUUUAACCUCUUAAUAAAUUAUAAAAUGGUUUUAAUUAA